AUGACAACAGAAAAACCAAAUGUGAUAUUUGUUAUUGGUGCGCCAGGCGCUGGUAAAGGUACACAAUGUGAUCGAAUUUCGAAGAACUAUAAUUAUGAUCAUUUAUCUGUUGGUGAUCUUCUUCGAGAAGAAACUGAUAAUUCUCAUUCAGAUUUAGGUAGACAAAUUCAAGAAACAAUGCAAAAUGGUUCUCUUGUAUCUUCUGAGAUAAUUUGUAAAUUAAUUGAAAAUGCAAUGAGAAAGAAUGGCAGAGAAAAGUAUUUAAUUGAUGGUUUUCCAAGAGAUAUGGAGAAUAUUGAUGAAUGGAAAAAAUCCAUGAGUGAUAAAGUUAUUCUUCAAUGUGUACUUGUUUUUGAUUGUGAUGAAAAGGUUAGUAUUGAUCGAUGUAUGAAACGUGGUCAAGAUAGUGGACGAGCUGAUGAUAAUGAAGAAACAUUAAAAAAACGAAUUGCUACAUUCAAAGAAUCUACUGAACCAACAAUUGAAUAUUAUGAAAAAAAGAAUUUAAUUAAACGAGUUGAUGCAACACAUGAUGUUGAAAAGGUCUAUCAAGAUGUUCAAAAUGUAAUGAAAAAAAUUUUAGAUCAACAAAACAAUUCCAAAUAA